GCUAGUCACCGAUCCCUCUGUGUUUCCUGUCUCCUCCGUUGCUGUACCUUCCCUGGUUUCCUCGUCGUGCUUUUAUAUGUACGUUCGGCCGCUUCUUCGGCUAGUCCAUGUUUGACAUUCGAACGAGAUUAUUUUCUGGAGCGGACAAGGCAAAAACAUGUUGACGCUAAAGGGAAGUAUCUUGAUCGCUUGCCUCAUCCCACUAGCAAUGGGUACGACAGAAGUUAACACCGAAGCACUCAGUGCUGUGUCACAAGGAAUGAAUGAGUUUUCAUCAUCGCUGUUCAAGGCUAUAGUAGACGAGAAUCCUGGUAAUCUUAUAUGCAGUCCCCUUAGCGCAGCUGUUGUUCUCGCUAUGGCUGCUUAUGGUGCCCGUGGCAAUACAGAGACGCAGUUUAAAAGUGUUUUACAUUUGCCAACUUCAGACGAGCUCGGUACAUCCGGUUAUCAAGCACUCAUUAGCAAUCUGAAUAAUAUCAAAAACAACACGCUUCUUCUUGCGAAUAAAGCGUUCGUGAAUCAGAAGUUCCAUUUGAAACCAACUUACAAGGCACUGACGGAAGAUUCCUUCCGAUCUACCACCGAAUUAGUUAAUUUCGGCCAAUCCGCAGAGGCUGCGAACAAGAUCAACUCAUGGGUUAAAGAGAACACUAAAGACCGUAUCGAUGGAAUCGUAUCGUCUAGCGACUUGACCGACGACACGGCAUUAGUGCUAGUUAACGCGAUAUACUUUAAGGGCAAGUGGAAGAACAAGUUUGACCCUAUGCUGACCAAGGAAAUGCCGUUCCAUGUUAAUGGGAAAACGGUGAAGCAAGUACCGACUAUGUAUAAGCAAAACAAUUACAAGUACGGUGUACUCUCGCAAAUGAACGCGAAAUUCAUUGAAAUACCGUACCAGGGAGACGGGAUGAGCAUGGUGAUCGUUCUGCCGGAUGAAAUUAACGGUUUGGCUGAGGUCGAGAGAAAGAUGAAAGACGUGAACCUUAAUGAUAUUCUGAGGCAAGGAUACGACCGCGAUGUGCAAUUGUUUUUUCCGAAGUUUAAGAUCGAGAGUAAAAUAGAUCUGAACUCUCCUUUGCAGCAAUUGGGUUUGACCGACGCGUUUACCAGCAGUGCUAACUUCUCUGGCAUUGCUGAUUCCCCGAUAGCUAUUAGCAAAGUUAUACAAAAAGCAUUUAUCGAAGUGAACGAAGAAGGCAGUGAAGCGGCAGCUGCUACCGGAAUACUAUUCGUGGAACGAUGUAUGGAAUCCACGCCGGUACUAACGGUCGACCGUCCGUUUUACUAUAGUAUCGUCCACAAAAUUCAGAACUCGGAGGACACGAAAGUUGUCCCGCUCUUUGCCGGACGUAUCGUUGAUUUGUAAACAAUCUCAAGGUCAACAGAUUGUAGCAUUAAUCCCUUGCCCCAUGGUUUCUCGUAGGACUCGAUGCAGCGGCUUCACCGUUAACAGCUUAUCAGCGAAUUCAGAGAAUUCGAAGAUUCCCUAAGGUUAACGAUUGAAAAGUACCAAACUAAUUUAGAUUUGAUUUCAAGAAUCUGAAUUUAGGUUUGAAGAAUCUGAAAAGGUAGAACUAAACGGAAAUGCAUAGCAUUCGAAGAGAUCCAAAGUUCACGUGAGACACGUCUGUGAGAUUUUAUCUCGAAUUUUCGCCACGUCUGCGAUAUUAGAGGGCAAGGGGUUAACCUCGAGUCUAGUCUGCAGUGGCCAAAGGUUCUCACGGCGAGGAACAAACAGAAUUUACUCCAAUUAUACCUGACGAUCGAAUAAACAAUUGUACCACGCAUUCCGUGUACGUGACUGUUUCUACUGCGCCACCCUUCUUUUUCCAACAGAUAUCUUUCUCUUGGCCGAGGACAGCUUCCCUUAGGAGGGGAACAGAUUCUUCGAACGAAUCAUUUACUCAAUAUUAACAUUGAAUAUAAUAUGAACUAACCAACGUACAGAAAGGAAAUUUGGA